CUUUCCUUUUCCUUUCCCUUCUCCUUCGCUCGACCGUUCUAUGGCCCUUCUGUUAUUCCUUCUGCUACAUUGACUUUCUGUCCCUAAAUAGUUGCGACUAGCACCGAGCAUGUUCCGUCCUUCUCUGCGCGUCGUUCGCACACGUGGACCCUAACUGUGAUGCAAGAUCGAUUCUUCAUCCGCACCACCCUCUCCAUCGUCACUCAUCGGGAUUAUUCAGGUCAAUAAGCACCGAAAGAGCUAUGAGGCAGCGAGAUCCCCUAGGCAGGAUCUGGCAGCUCCAUGGAAGAUCUCCCUCGCAUCGGCUCUGAGAAGGAGGUAUAUGACCUCUCCGUCCUCCGCCACAAUGGCUUUCGUCGACGACACUCAUCUCGAAGGAUUCUUCGAGGACCCAUCUUCGCCAUGAUGAUCCUGGCACCGCUGGCCACCGUUGUUGUAUUGCUAGGCUGGAGCGGGGUGCAAGUCGGAAGCUCGUCGGCUCCGGUGUCAGAUUCAUGCGACACUGUCGCGGCGGGUUUUCAAUGUCAACCGGCGAUUUCUCACUAUUGGGGCCAGUACUCACCCUACUUCACUGUGCCUUCCGAUAUCUCGGCAGGAAUCCCCAAUGACUGCGAAGUCACGUUCGUUCAGAUCUUGUCCCGCCAUGGGGCCCGAGAUCCAACCGCGUCAAAGACCAAGACAUACAACGACACCAUCAGACAGGUGCAGGCCAACGUGAAAAACUUCACAGGACCAUACGCCUUUAUCGCCAACUAUUCCUAUACCCUCGGCGCGGACCAAUUGACGACUUUCGGCCAGGAGCAGAUGGUCAACUCGGGCACUAAGUUCUAUGAUCGGUAUCGUGCACUUGCAAAAUCCCUCGAACCCUUCGUCCGUUCAUCGAGCGAGAAUCGAGUGGUGGAGUCGGCUCUUAAUUGGACACAGGGCUUCCAUGCGGCGAGACUAGCCGAUGAGUCUGCGGAUGUCGACUCAGGCUAUCCAUAUCCUGUGAUCCUGCAGUAUGAAGGUGAUGGUUUCAACAACACGCUGAACCAUGCCCUCUGCACCGAAUUCGAGAACGGCACAGCUAGCAAGGUUGCUGACGACGCUCAAAAGGCCUGGGCCAAGAUCUUCGUUCCUUCAAUCCAGGCUCGGCUCAACGCUGGCAUGCCCGGCGCCAAUCUCAGCAUCGACCAAACAGUGGACAUUAUGGACCUGUGCCCCUUCAACACCGUUGCCAACGAUGACGGCACCAUUUCACCAUUCUGUGCCCUCUUCACCGAAAGCGAAUGGCACAGUUACGGCUACUAUCAGACAUUGGGCAAAUACUACGGAUAUUCUUACGGCAAUCCCUUGGGCCCGACACAGGGGGUGGGAUUCGUCAACGAGCUCAUUGCACGGCUGACAAACACCUCUGUCGAAGACCACACGUCUACAAACCAUACCCUGGACGACAAUCCAGCCACGUUCCCUCCGGGCCGGAAGCUUUAUGCGGAUUUCAGCCACGAUAACGAUAUGACAGCCAUCUUUUCGGCUCUAGGGCUGUAUAAUGACACGUUACUAUUGCCCAACAGGACGGUCGUGGAGGCCAGUGCGGCAGAAGGUUACAGCGCAGCAUGGACCGUUCCGUUUGCUGCCAGGGCGUACAUCGAGAAAAUGCAGUGCCAGGGAAACACGGACGAGCUGGUUCGUGUGAUUGUGAACGAUCGUGUGCAGCCCCUCUCUGCUUGCGGGGGUGACGCCCUUGGUCGCUGCUCGCUGGGCAAAUUUCUGACCAGUCUGGGAUUCGCAAAGAUGGGAGGAUCCUGGGAGCAAUGCUUUGUCUGAUGCAUGUACGGGCCUUAGAGCAUGUAUUAGACACAUCUCCCCCUAGAUGUCAGCAUAUGUAUGAUCUUCUGGAGAACUCGACCCAUAGUGAUCUCGCGCCCCUUGUCGGCUCGAAGAGAUUGAUGUUAUCGUUAUCUUGGGUUUCCACAAGGCCCCAGGCGAUGUGUGUUUCUGGCGCAAGUCAAGAAAUCAUCCGGACAGCGAAGCUCGGGGCGGCCCGAGACGUGCUCGUGGCGUUGG